UACAUCAAUCUACCUCUGUGCCAGAUUUUGUGCUUUUAUCACAAUAUGCACGAUAGUGCCUAUUUCUUUCAGUUUCGCCACCUAGCUACAACGACCGCAGUUUCCAUUCACAAUAUUGUCCGCUAUCCUUCCAGUAUACCCUCGCGUCCCACAGGACAGCAGAUGCUGUGACGGCAGUGUGUGACGGUCGCCAUGAUGAGCUGGGGUUUUGCCUGCAGCAAGCUGUAGUUCGAGAACGGCAAGCGACCGAAGUGGGAAGCAAAGGGGGAAGGCAGUGUACUGGAUUGGUAUGAGCAAGAAUGCAGCUUUUUUCUUGACGGGAAAAAGCUCAACCCCUCAGAGAAACCGCAUUUUCGACGGAUACAGCAAUGGACAUAUAUUCGAACCAUAGUUUUAAACUGUGAAGAGGGCCAAGGCAGUUGAUUUUAAAAUAAUUGAAUUUAAACGAAAAAACGAGCUAGUUAAGCCUUGCGCCCUUCCAUUCUCAGACUCAACAGAGGAGGGGCAUUGCAUUGAGGCUUUGUAGCAUUGCAGAUCUAGUGUUGAUGCAUUUUUUUCCGCUGCAGUUUGGAUAACCACAUAUCAACAUCUCAGGGGAUUGUUAUAACUGCAUUCUCACGGGUAAUAUUUUCACUGGGGGUAUUUUUGACAGGAGAAGACUGUAAAUACGUAAGGAAAUACUACAAGCGGCUUUCAUUAGCCUACGUCAAAAUCUGCUGGCCAGGGCAGGGUCUGCAAUUGUGAGUUCUCCUUUGUGUUUUGGGGGAAUAGGAUAAAUAAAAUGAGGAAAUAUUACAUGGCUCACUCACCUCCGAGAUACUCUAUAUAUACCUUUUGUGAGAGGUGGAUCAUGAUAGUUCUAUUUUAGCUCGCUAUUAGCUUGCUUGCCUCAAAAGUUUUUAUUCAUUUUGCUACAAGGUGAGACCGAGACAAGCUAAGCGAACUUCUUCUGUUCGUCCCUGGUCAGCCGGAAUAUAAGGUUUAGCUAACUAUUUAAGUGAGUUAAUAUAAUUUCCUCUACCAGCAUCACCUGACUACAGUUUGAAUCAUGUCGGGAGAGGUCCGUUUGAAGAAACUGGAAAAGCUGAUCCUGGACGGCCCAGCUCAGUCAAAUGGCCAAUGCCUUAGCGUGGAAACGCUAUUGGAUAUCCUUAUCUGCCUUUAUGAUGAGUGCAACAACUCACCGCUCAGAAGGGAGAAAAACAUCUUGGAGUUUCUGGAUUGGGCCAAACCUUUCACCUCCAUGGUCAAACAGCUGCGCCUACACAAGGAGGACUUUGAGAUCCUCAAGGUGAUUGGACGAGGAGCCUUUGGAGAGGUUGCUGUGGUUAAGGUGAAGAAUGCAGACAAGGUGUUCGCCAUGAAGAUCCUCAAUAAGUGGGAGAUGCUGAAGAGAGCUGAGACGGCGUGUUUCCGGGAGGAGCGGGACGUGCUGGUGAACGGGGACAGCCAGUGGAUCACCACCCUGCACUACGCCUUCCAGGACGACAACUUCCUGUACCUGGUGAUGGAUUAUUAUGUGGGUGGGGACCUUCUCACCCUGCUUAGUAAGUUUGAAGACAGGUUGCCGGAGGACAUGGCAAGAUUCUACCUGGCUGAGAUGGUGCUGGCCAUCGACUCAGUGCACCAACUGCAUUACGUCCACAGGGACAUCAAGCCAGACAACAUCUUGAUGGACAUGAACGGUCACAUUCGCCUGGCUGACUUUGGUUCCUGCCUCAAACUCAUGGAGGACGGCACGGUCCAGUCGUCAGUUGCCGUGGGGACCCCGGACUACAUCUCUCCGGAGAUCCUGCAGGCGAUGGAGGAUGGGAAGGGAAAGUACGGUCCAGAGUGUGACUGGUGGUCCCUGGGGGUCUGCAUGUACGAGAUGCUGUAUGGGGAAACCCCCUUCUACGCCGAGUCACUAGUGGAGACCUACGGCAAGAUCAUGAACCACAAGGAGGAGUUAGGGGCUGCUGAGCGUUUCCAGUUCCCCCUGCAGAUGACCGACGUGUCCGAAGACGCCAAGGACCUGAUCCGACGCCUCGUCUGCAGCCGGGAGCACCGCCUGGGCCAGAACGGCAUCGACGACUUCAAAUCUCACCCCUUCUUCUCUGGCAUUGACUGGGACAACAUCCGUACGUGCGAGGCCCCCUACAUCCCAGAGGUCAGCAGCCCCACAGACACCUCUAACUUUGACGUGGACGACGACUGUCUCAAGAACUCCGAGACGAUGCCCCCCCCCUCACACACGGCCUUCUCUGGACACCACCUGCCCUUCGUAGGUUUCACCUACACCAGUAAAUGUACCCUGUCUGACCGGGGCUGUCUGAGGGAGGCAGGUGGUAGCAGUCAGACACAGAUGGAUGUAUGUGUCCAGCGCAGUCUGGAGGAGAGUCUGGCCACCGAGGCCUACGAGAGGAGGAUACGACGCCUGGAGCAGGAGAAGACUGAGCUCAGCCGCAAGCUGCAAGAGUCCACCCAGACAGUCCAGGCCCUGCAGCACGCGUCAGGAGAAGGACCAGCACCCGUCCCCUCUAACAAGGAGGUGGAGAUCAGGAGUCUGAAGACUGAGAUUGACAUCCUCAAGAAAAAGAUUGCAGACUCAGGUCAACAGGAACAUGAGUUAGAAGAAGCUUCAUCAGUCCGUAGAGAGAUGGAGGAUUCAUCUAAACACAUCAGGAACCUGGAGAAACAGAUGAAGAGUCUCAACCUGGAGAAGGACGACCUGCACAAGGACUUAAUGGAGGCCAGCGGCAAGAUGAAGAGUCAGUCUAAGGAGUUGAAAGAGGCCCACAGCCAGAGGAAGCUGGCCAUGCAGGAGUUCUCCGAGCUCAACGAGCGUCUGACUGAUCUCAGAUCAGCCAAGCAGCGCCUGGGCCGUCAGCUCCGGGACAAGGAGGAGGAGAUGGAGGGUUGGUCCCAGAAGGUGGAGGCUCUACGGCUGGAGGUGCGCAAGGCCGAGAGGGCCAAGAAGGAGAUGGAGUCCCAGUCUGAGGAGCAAACAGCUGAUGCUCAGAAGGAGAGGAAACUGAGAGAACGAUCUGAGCAGUGCAGCAGACUGCUAGAGGAGGAGCUGGAAGGACUCAAGAAGCAGGUGGGGCCAUCAGCCUCGGUGGUGGGCUCGGACCAGAGCCAGGAGGUGGGGAAGCUGAGGGCCGACCUGGAGAAGAAGACUGGGUUCUACGAGGAGGAGCUGAGCAGGAGGGAGGUGCAGCACGCCAACGAACUCAAGGUCCUCCGCAAGGAGCUCCGCGACGCUGAGGGACAGCAGCUCACCCUGCAGAAAGAGAUCCUGGUCCUCAAAGACAAACUGGAGAAGACACGCAGGGAGAGCCAAAGCGAGCGGGAGGAGUUUGAGAUGGAGUAUAAGCAGAAGUAUGAGCGGGAGAGAGUCAUUCUGACCGAGGAGAACAGGAAACUCUCCAACGAACUGGACAAGCUGACGCCUAUGUUUGAGAAGCUGAGCAUUAGCAACAGACAGCUGGAGGAGGAGAUGAGGGAACUGGCUGACAAGAAGGAGAGUGCUGCUCACUGGGAGGCCCAGAUCACUGAGAUUAUCCAGUGGGUGAGCGAUGAGAAGGAUACGCGAGGCUAUCUCCAGGCUCUGGCCAGUAAGAUGACUGAAGAACUGGAGGGACUGAGGAACACCAGCCUGGGAGCCAGGGCUACGCAGGACAUGCCGUGGAAGGUGCGGAGGUUUGCUAAGCUGGACAUGUCAGCCCGUCUGGAGCUGCAGUCUGCACUGGAUGCUGAGAUCAGAGCCAAGCAGACCAUCCAGGACGAACUGAACAAAGUCAAGGCCUCCAACAUCUCCACUGAGUGUAAACUGCAGGAGUCGGAGACUAAGAACCAGGACCUGCUGGCUGAGAUGGAGAGGCUGAAGAAGGAUACAGAGGAGUUCCGCCUGCGUAGGGGUGUGAAACACCAGGACUCCCAGAACUCUUUCCUGGCCUUCCUCAACGCCCCCACCUCAGCCCUGGACCAGUUCGAUCGCUCUCCAUCAGUUGGGCCAACUAGCAAAGGCAGACGUGUGGACUCUGUGGAUAACUUCACUCCCUCCAACACCCCAUCCAGGGACGAGGACUCCAAAAAGUCUCGCUCGCGGUCGCCUUCCAUGGCCAGCGACGUGGAGCCCAUUGAGUUGAUAGACCCACGAACAGUCCAGACCCCCACCAUGCGUCCAGGAGGCUAUGGUAGUAUCGGCCGCUCAUCACCCAAGCCCAAAGCCCACCAGUUUGUGGUGAAGUCCUUCAGUGCUCCCACCAAGUGUAACCAGUGCACCUCUCUGAUGGUGGGACUCAUUCGCCAGGGCUGCACCUGUGAAGUGUGUAACUUCUCGUGCCACGUGACGUGUGCUGACAAGGCUCCAGCGGUGUGCCCCGUGCCACACGACCAGACCAGGGGGCCGCUGGGCAUCGACCCUCAGAGGGGCAUUGGCACCGCCUACGAAGGACACGUCAGAGUGCCCAAGCCCACAGGGGUGAAGAAGGGUUGGCAGCGGGCGGUGGCCGUGGUGUGUGAUUUCAAGCUCUUCCUGUACGAGCUGGGAGAGGGCAAGACCACAACGCCCAGUGUGGUCGUCAGUCAGGUCAUAGACAUGAGGGAUGAGGAGUUUUCAGUCAGCUCUGUUCUGGCGUCGGACGUCAUUCAUGCCAGUCGCAAGGACAUCCCAUGUAUAUUCAGGGUGACGGCAUCCCAGCUCUCCCCCUCCUCCAGUCACAAGCCUUCCAUCCUGAUCCUGGCCGACAGCGACCACGAGAGGAACAAGUGGGUGGGGCUUCUCAACGAGCUGCAGCGUAUCCUCAAGAAGAACAAGCUGAAGGAGCGCUUCGUCUACGUGCCCAAAGAGGCCUACGACAGCACGCUGCCGCUCAUCAAGACCACGCAGUCCGCCGCUAUUAUAGAUCACGAGCGUGUUGCCCUGGGCAACGAGGAAGGCCUUUAUGUCAUCCAUGUCACCAAAGAUGAGAUCAUCCGUGUUGGGGACAAUAAGAAGGUCCAUCACAUUGACCUGGUCCCCCAGGAGCAGCUCCUAGCGGUCAUCUCCGGCCGUAACCGUCACGUCCGUCUCUUCCCCAUGGCCGCGCUGGACGGACGGGAGAUGGACUCCUAUAAGCUGGCCGAGACCAAGGGCUGCACGGCGCUGGUGUCUGGCUCCGUCCGAAACAACUCCUUCACCUGUCUGUGUGUGGCCAUGAAGAGACAGGUCAUCUGUUACGAGGUGAACAAGAGCAAGGCACGUCACCGCAGACUGCAGGAGCUCCAAACCCCAGGUCCCGUCCAGUGGAUGGGUCUCCUGAGCGAACGGCUGUGUGUGGGCUACCAGGCUGGCUUCACACGCUACAGCAUCCACGGGGACUGUGCCCCAGUCAGCCUGUUGCACCCCGAGGACCACACCCUAGCCUUCAUAUCCCAGCAGGCCCUGGAUGCGCUUUGUGCCGUGGAGAUCUCCUCCAAGGAACUACUGCUCUGCUUCUCAGCCAUAGGGGUCUACGUGGACUCGCAGGGCCGCCGCUCGCGCCAGCAGGAGUUGAUGUGGCCUGCCGUGCCCAACUCUGCCUGUUACAACGCCCCCUACCUGUCAGUGUACAGUGAGAAUGCGGUGGAUGUUUUUGAUGUCAACACCAUGGAGUGGAUUCAGACCAUACCAUUGAAGAAGGUGCGACCUCUGAACCCGGAUGGAUCCCUGAACCUCCUGGGUCUUGAGACUGUGAGGCUCAUCUACUUCAGAAACAAGACUGCAGAGGGUGACGAGUUGGUGGUUCCUGAGACGUCAGACAACAGCAGGAAGCAGAUGGUUCGCAGCAUGAACAACAAGAGACACUUCUCCUUCAGAGUCCCUGAGGAGGAGAGGAUGCAGCAGAGGAGGGAGAUGCUGAGAGACCCAGAGAUGAGGAACAAGCUGAUCUCCAACCCCACCAACUUCAACCACGUGGCCCACAUGGGACCUGGAGACGGCAUCCAGAUUCUCAAAGACCUGCCCAUGAACUUGCGUGUUCAGGAGAGUCGUGCUGCAGGGUUCAGUGGCUCUGUGUCCAUCCCCUCCAUCACUAAGAACAGAGCCGAGCCGGGACGGUCCAUGAGCGCCAGCAGUGGACUGGGCAUCCGUUCGUCAUCUCAGAACGGCAGUGCGUUGAGGAGAGAGCUCUCUGGGGGUAGCUACAGCUCUAAGCGCCAAACCAUGACCUCUCCCUCCGAGAGCUCCUUGUCCUCCGGAGGGGGUAUGGACGGCUGCAGCGACGCACCCCUCUCCCAAUUCGACAGAGAGUGGCAGGCGGUCUCACCAUCGGAGAAGACCCCUGAUCUGAAAAGGGCUUUAAGGACCCUGCUUAGUAAGAUGAAGGACUCUGACUCACCCCGUCACUCCACGGCGUCCAACAGUUCUACAUUCAGCAGUCCCCCCAGCCCGGCCUCACCCCACAAGACCAAGUCCCUCUCUCUGGAGAGCACAGACCGCAUGACCGGCUGGGACACAUGAGUGACAGACAGCACACCGCUGCAAUCCCUGACCCUCACUGCCCCCCCCUCCCCUGGCUCCGCCUAUCCCCUGCCCACGGAACUGCACCUGCUGCCACAGGCCCCUCCCACUUACUUCACCUUUGACUGGAACUGAGAUCUACAAACAAACACAGGGAAAGGAAGUGUUUGACCAAGAAGGAAAUACUAGGAGAAGAUAUGUUAGUUAAUGCGUGUAUGAGUGUGUGCGAAGUGUGUGUGCGUGCGUGCGUGCUUGCAAAUGUUUGUGUGGACGCCUGUGUGUGUGUUUAGGGGGCAUACUUAAUAGGAAUGAAAAUUGACACAUCCUUCCAUCUGCUUUGUAGCUGAUAGCUAGAAUAAGCGAAGCGCUAAGUUUAAUUGAAAGUACUUUUGAUUACAGCACUACUAGCCCCAUGUUGAGUAUCUCCCCAUGUAAUUGGCAACUCCUGUAAAGAGACACAAACCUCAAGUAGCGACAAGAAGAAGAGGAUGAAUAUGGAACAAUAACAGAUCAUUUGAUACGUGUACAUAGCAGCCUUUGGGUUUGGGGGGACCACCUUUUAUUUAUUAAUCAGAACAGGAUGUUUCACAGAGGAGAUAAAGAGGAUGUUUCCUCUUUCUUUCGUUUGCUUUCUUCCGGAACGGUAGUUGAUAUCAGAAGAAGAGGGGGGCAUUCCAUUGACAAUACAAGGCUCACAAAAAAAAAAAGCAAUGAUGUUUAUUUUAAUUUUUCUCAUGAAAGUGAAAUAUGUGCAGUGACUUCAUUUGUUUGUACCAUCAGUGAAAAGCUACAGUAAAGCAGUGCAAAAAAUACAACUAUGAUGAGGGGUAUUUUAACUCUAGGUUGACCCCUGACCUCACGUGCUUCAUGUUCUAGAAUUCUUAGGGACAGCAGCAUUUAGAAGCAGACCGAACAUUCUAUGAUGACAUCACAGCUCCUUCUUCCUUAUGACAUGGCCAUUGACCUCAUCCACUGAACUGGGACCAUUAUCUGUGUAGUGUAGACCUAGUACCGUAAGUACAGUAAUAGACCAACCACCGACCAAUUACAAAAAGCUGAUUCCCAUCACAACAAUGUACAUAAGUUAAAAGUAGAGAAUAAUAUAUAAGGGAAAUACAAUAGAGAAAUAAGUGAUGGGAGACGAUCUGGGAUUAUGUUUUGAGAAUGAUUUGGGGUUAUAUUCACACGAAAGCCAUUUUAAACCACAGUUCUUUAUGUUUUGAGAAUGAUUUGGGGUUAUAUUCACACGAAAGCCAUUUUAAACCACAGUCCUCUUUAUGUUUUGAGAAUGAUUUGGGGUUAUAUUCACACGAAAGCCAUUUUAAACCACAGUUCUUUAUGUUUUGAGAAUGAUUUGGGGUUAUAUUCACACGAAAGCCAUUUUAAACCACAGUCCUCUUUAUGUUUUGCUUUUAGAUCAUUUUUUGACAACUUAUUUUUAUUUCAUGUAUGAGACAAACCGUCAAGUGUUAUUUUGAUUUGGGUUUGAGGAAACUGUUAUGGGUCACAUGGACCCCUGCUGUUGAGUGAAUAUGUGCAUUUAUUUUAAGCCAGUAGUCACAGAUGCAUUCACACUUAGACACACAGGUGUUUCCCCCUCCACUCUUUCCACUAUGAUCCACAGAUCAGUUGAGGGGGAUGUAUAUUUCCAAACUGAUAGUGAUUCCCUGUGGUACUGACCUGUGAACCUCAAAUAUGUUCCUUUGACUUCUACGAGAGAUUUUGGAAAGCUUGUUAUAACCAAAAAAGAAUGACUUGAAUCUUGAGUCUUCAUUAUUUUUCAGAGAGCCUUGCUUAUUUUUCAGAAUGUUUCAAUAGAUUAGGGGAAAAAAGAGACGAUACAAUUGUAAAGAGAUGUUGAUUUGAAUUAACAGACACCGCUGGGCUAAAAUGGAGGUUUAAAAAUGUAAAAUAAUUCUAGGGUGACAAGGCCAACGUGUCAUUUCUGUUCUUACUAUCAACUGGUAAUCUGUGUAUUGCUGUCUGCUAAUGCAAUCACCUUUAUGUAGACCAAAACUGGGGUCCAUUACAUUUUAAUUCGGUCAACUGAAGUUCCAUUCUAAUUCUCCUCAAUGCCUCUCGGAGAUGGAAUUUCUGUUUACUUACCUGAAUUGAAAUGGAAUUGACCCCAAUCCUAAUGCACACCACAAUGGUGUCGAUCGUAUUUACGUGUCGAACAGAAACAAUAAUUGACUUGAUAUUGUUUCUGAGCAUUGGUCAUGUGCUUAGAUCAACUGCCUCUUAUCUCUGAAGAGGAAGGGAAAGGGUACUCUUAUUCUGGAAAAUAAAUAUUUUCUAAUGAGGAAUUGUUUCUAUGUUACAGACCAUUUAAUGAAUCACAAUUGUUACUUACUGCUGAAAUGGGCCUUCUGUUUAGGGGUGUGUUUGGGUGGGUUGUGGUGUACCAAGUAGUAUACAUGGCAGGUUAUCUUCAGCUAUCCCAUUAAGUGUAUAAAAAGAUGACACAAAUUCCUGCCAUUGGAGUCCUAAAUCUUAACCCUAAACCACAAUUCUAUUCUGUUCCCUUGUCAAACACAGCCAUGUAUCUCUAGCCUGCUCAUGCCACGUGUUUUUGAAAACCAUUUUAUAUUGAGGUUGAAAAAUAAGAAUUUCUCUGGAAGAGUCAGUCUCGCUAAGCUGGUUUUACUCAACCGUCUCAACUUAACUUAUUCCCCUCUCUUAAGAUUUCCUUUUAAGCUACCAAGUCUCCCUAUUCAUAUCUGCUGGACCUUAUCUGUAGAAUGUAUUUGCUGAGAAAGAGGAAAUAUCUUAGUCUGAGUAUUUUAGACCAGGCUUUAAAUUGUACAUCCCACUUCUUAAAAAAAAAAAAAACUCAGGAAUGUCACGACCAAUGAUUAUUUUCAUCCUAACAAUUCAAAUGAGUGUGACAGAACAGUCUAUACUUGGGAAAUAAGAGCUCAAUUUAGUGGCAGUGUAGUUAGCUGUGACUAGGUGUAAGGGUCGAACAAUUCAGCAAAGGGUUUUGAAUCGAGGAUGAAAAGAGGGGUGAAAGGCAGUAGUUUGAGGCUGAGGCGCCACCAUGCUAACCAUAUUUGUUUUUAAGAAAACGCCUUUGCAUUUCAGUGAGGUCUUAAGUUCCUUCUAUAUUAUUUAGCUCUUUCAUAUCACAUUACACUUUUUUUUCUAGGAUAGCUUUGUAAUAAUUUGUACAGUUUCGCAUGUUAUAGAUGUAAUCAUUUUUUUGUUUUGGAUUAGUUUUUAAUUUUGACUUGUUAAUUUUAUUUGAACGGUUGGGGAGUUGUACUGAGGAUACCCACUACAGGUGAUGUAGAUUCUUUUUGCACAGAAAUAUUUAAGGUGUAAGGUCGAACAAAUAAUGUAUGGAAACUGGCUCAUUAAGAGAGAGCUCAUUAUAUUAACCUGACUCCGAUGUAUUUCAAUAAAACGGAGGGCUGUUACCAAUACGGCUUCACUGA